AUGGUUCGGAAGUCCAAGGACGGAUGGCGAAUGUGUCAAGACUACACUGACUUGAACAAGGCCUGCCCAAAGGAUAGCUUCCAGUUGCCCAGGAUCGACCAGCUUGUGGACGCAACUGCUGGUCACGAGCUGCUAAGCUUCAUGGACGCUUACUCGGGAUACAACCAGAUAUUUAUGAACCCUGCCGAUAGCGAGCAUACGACAUUAAUUACAGACAGAGGGUUGUACUGCUAUAAUGUCAUGUCGUUCGGCCUGAAGAACGCCGGGGCAACAUAUCAAAGGCUCGUCAACCGAAUCUUUGCCAAACAUAUUGGCAGCAUCAUGGAAGUAUAUGUCGACGAUAUGUUGGUAAAAAGCCGGACGACAGAGGAGCACCUCCACAAUCUGACUCUCAUGUUCGGUAUACUAAAGGACUACCGAAUGAGACUUAAUCAGACGAAAUGCGCCUUCGGUGUAUCUUCAUGA